UUAACAUAUGGGUGUGUUUUGAUCGAAUCUCACUUGUAGAAUGGGCGUGGCUUCUACUUGUGCGUGCAUUCCUAAAGGACCAGAACUCGUCUCCACCUCUGCAGAGUCCAAACUGCGCUUUAGUUCCGUUUGUUAUUAAAUAUUCUCUGCGCUCGAUAAAAGGUGGCUACUAUGGACAGAAGUUUAUAACAAUACAUAAAAUAAAUGAGGGAGAGAAGCAGCUGGGAGUCACCGGAGCAGCAGGAAACAUCUGCAGGAUUUACCUGAGAGUGAGCUGAGAUUACACUGGACAGGUUUACACACGCUCCUGCACUUCUCACACACACUUCGGUUUAGUUCCGAUCCGGACUACACUUUGUUUUCUGCUGGACUGUGGGUUUGUGAGGAUGGUCUCAGAGGAGGACUUCUCAAAGGAAGUGCUGGAGAGUGUGCAGGAUGCGGUGGGCCGGCAGCUCAAACUGAGCCUGAGAAAGAAGGUUCAGCUGGAGGGUAAAGGUGACAAACAGGACAUCCGAAUCCUGGCUCUGGCUCCGCAUCGGGCUUUUCUGCUGUCAGCUCGAGUUCCUGCUAGGAUAGAACAAAGCUUCAAUUUCUUUGACAUCCAAGCGGUGGGCAGCAGCAGGCCAGGCCAGUUGGUGGUGGACUAUGAUAAAGGACAGCUGUGUGUGAAGCUCAGCUCUAAUGAGGAGGUUGAUGAAGUCAUCGCUCAGAUGGGAGUCAGCAUACAGGAGCACUGCCCCGGACUCAACCCACUGAGAGUGAUGAAGAAGUUAUCUCUGAAGCCCGCUGAGAGGACGACCAGUCUACAAGCAUUCUGGGAAAAUAAUCCUCCCCCUGAUACUGGACCUUGUGGUGCUUUCUCUCGUAUGUAUUGGUGUGUGUGUGAUCAAAUGGGGCUGCCUUACAGAGCAGAGGUGCAGUGGGACGUGGACACUAUCUACCUCACCCAAGACACAAAAGAGCUCAACCUACAGGACUUCAUCCACCUGGAGACCAGGGACCUGAUGGCCAUCGUGGCAGUGUUGGAGUACAACCAGUGGUUCACUAAAAUCUCACUCAAGGAUUACAAACUGUCUACAGAUUUAUGUGAUCAGAUCUUGAGAGUUGUGGCUCGUUCUAGCAGAUUAGAGGAGCUGGCUCUGGAAAACACAGGACUCAAAGCUGAUUUUGCACAGAAGUUGGCCAGCGCUCUGAGCCAGAACCCACGCUCAGCUCUACACACACUCAACCUGGCCAACAACUCGGUGGAGGACAAAGGAAUUGCAUCUCUGAGUUCUCCACUGGGAAAACUUUCAUCUGGACUGAAGCAUGUGAAUCUUUCGAAAAACUCCCUCUCAGCUAAAGGUGUGAACAUUCUGGCUCAGUCUCUGUGUUCCAACUCGUCCUUUUUUAACACACUCAAACACCUUGAUCUGUCUGGAAACACGCUGAGGGGAGACGACCUGGCUAACCUGUGGAACUUCCUGAGUCAGCCGAACAGCCUGCACACUCUGGACCUGUCCAGCUGUGACUGCGCUCUGGACCUGGUCUGCUCUUCUUUACUCCGAGGCUCUCUGAAGCAUCUUUCUGUCCUCAACAUGUCCAAGAGCGUCUUGAGUAUUAAGAAAGGAAAGGAGCUGCCCUCCUCCUUUAAGCAGUUCUUCAGCAAUGCUCUGGCCCUCAACACCAUCGUCCUGUCCGGCACCAAACUGCCUCCAGAGGCCCUCAAAGCUUUAUUGCUGGGUCUGGCCUGUAAUCCCAACCUAAAAGAAGUCUCUUUGGAUCUGAGCAGUUGUGAGCUGCGUUCAGCUGGAGCUCAGAUUCUGGAAGGCUGUAUAGCUGAGAUGCCCAACAUCUCUAGCCUGGAUAUUUCAGAUAACGGUUUGGACUCUGAUCUGACGACUCUGCUGGUGUGGCUGGCUAAGAAUCGCUCCAUCAGACAGCUGUCUCUGGGCAAGAACUUCAACAACAUCAAAUCCAAGAAUCUGGGGCAGGUGCUGAACAAUUUGGUUCUUAUGAUCCAGGAGGAGGAAUCUCCACUCAGCUCUCUGUCCCUGGCUGAUUCCAAGCUGAAGGCUGAUUUGUCCAUGGUGCUGAACGCUGUGGGAGGAAACAGCUCCCUGACUCACCUAGACAUCAGCGGCAAUGGGAUGGGAGACAUGGGGGCUAAAAUGCUAGCCAAAGCCCUGCAGAUCAACACCAAACUCAGGACUGUGAUUUGGGACAGGAAUAAUGUCAGUGCUCAGGGUCUGCAGGACGUUGCAGCUGCUUUGGAGAAGAACUACACUAUCCGCUUCAUGCCAGUGCCCAUCAUGGACGCCGCACAAGCUCUCAAGUCCAGCCCUGAGAAAACCGAGGACGCGCUCAUGAAGAUGGAGCAGUAUCUCUUGAGGAACCAUGAAACGAGGAAAUACCUACAAGAACAAGCCUACAGGCUACAGCAAGGCAUUGUCACGUCCACCACACAACAGAUGAUUGACAGGUUAUGUGUGAAGGUGCAGGACCACCUAAACUCUCUUCGCUUUAGCGAGAGAGAGAAGGUUCAGGAGGACAUGAAAGCAGCGGAGAGACUCGUCCAGGACGCCCGCAACUCGAAAAGACUCCUGGCCAGUAUGUAUCAGCUCCGCUCGGCACGCCGUAGAGGUAGAGACGGAGGUGAAGAUGCAGAAGGAGGUGGAGGAGAUGGAGAAGGAGGUGGAGCGUGUGAGGCGGUCGAGAGCCCGUGGGUGGCCCCGAUCCAGGACAAACUGCAGUCCAUGGCGGGAGAAGUCAGCACUGUCAUUAACCAGCAGCUGCAGAGUUUGUUGGUCUCCAUGGUGGACACGGCGGAGAGUGUGUGUCCUCACGUGAUGCACACAGCGAACCUGAGGCCGUCUCUGAUGCGGGUGAGCAAGGGGAAGAUGAGCGUGCCUCGAACCUUCAUCACCAACACUCUGCUCGAGCAGUCUGCCAUCGACAUCAUCAACAAGAUCAGUGAAGUAAAGCUCAGCGUGGCCUCGUUCCUGUCCGACCGUAUCAUUGAUGAGAUCUUAGAGUCUCUCUCUCACUCUCAGCGCACACUGGCAGAGCAUCUGAGUAGGCGUGGCCAACCGAUGAUCCAUCAUAAUUCAGAGGAGACUGAGGUUCUGGAGGAGGAGCAGCUGGAGCCAAAGAACCUGCCAUCACCAUCAUCUGACCUUCUGCUGUCUCCAACCUCCAAGAGGCAGAGCAUCCUGUUCCGGAUGGUGCGUCCCAUCUCCGUGGCCUUCGAGCUGGAGUUUGAUUUGGAUAAAGCACUGGAGCAUGUGCCCAUCCACAUGGAAGACCUGCCCGUUCCUCCACCCCAUGAACCAGUGGAGGCGGGGUUAGAGAGGCCCGGGAGUGUGUGUUUCGUUGAUCUGCCAGAAACAGAGAGCCCCAAACUGCAGCACAUGACUAAACUCCGCCCACGCAGGAAGAAGACCAACACCAAACCGAGAAAAGCAGCUAGCACUGCUACAGCAGACGUGGAGCAGACGGAGUUUGUUGGGAAAGUGGAUGAGGGCCUGGACGAUUUCUUUGCUAAAAAAGUCACAAAGAUUGACACCAAGCGUUCCACCAUAAAAGACGCCGGUCAGGAAGGGGAGAAGAAGCGGGAAUCUCGCAUGAGUGGCUUCUUCAACCUCAUUAAAUCACGCACCUCCCUGAAAUCUCCACCCACCAGCCCACACACACCCACUCCUGCACCAACCAUCACCGAGUCUGAUAACGUCGAAUCCACAACGCCUGCAGUGAAAAGCCCCAUCCCAGAACACACUCAAGAACCAAUCAAGACUCAGGUACCGGAGAAAGUUGAACCAUGUGAACCCGUAGAUACAGCCAUGACCUCUGAGAGUAAAGGUCAUGUGGAGGAGAGUAAGAAGAAGGAGGCGCCACCUGGGGGGCGAAUCCGAGGGGUGCAGGUGAUGGGGAACGACUUCCUGGCGCAGCUGCGGGCAAAACAGGAGAAGAUGAAAGACAAAACGAGCGAUUCCUCGUCUGCGAACAAGGCCGACUCUAACCACGCAGAUGGCGACAGUGCAGCUGUAGAAAAGCCAGCGCAGAAAGAGCACAACCAAGAGGCUGUAUCUAAAUCUCCCUCUCAUUCAACCCAUCUCCUGAAACCAACUGCUCCUGCUCCUGCUCCUGCAGCCAAACACACCCUUCCAGCCACACACACCGGCCUCAAAGCCUCACUUAGCCCACCAUCUAGCAACCCCAAAUCCACCCUGAGCAGCCACGAAGAGCACCACCCAAGCCAGGAGCACCUUCCUCACAGCUCCAGCACACCUGCCAAUGAUGCAUCAGGUCACCUCGGCGAUGUCUUCCCCACCAAGCAAUCUGCAACGGCUCAACAUCAGAAGGAAGAGUCAUCUAAAACGGAGACAGAGGAACAUAUAUGUGUCUCUCCUGGCUUACCUCCUAUAGUGCUGGAUCCUGCAGCAGAGGGCAGUGUGUUUGAGCCAGAAUCAUACACACAGCCAUCACACACUGCAGCAGCAGGACAACGCUGCGCCUCCCUUCACUCCUCCAGUUCCACCAGCGCUGCUGAAGAGAAAGACGAUCGACAGCGCACCGUGUCCCUGCCUGCACAAGUUGACCUUCUGACUCCUACAGACUCUACUUCAUCUCCCGAACCUGCAGAUUCCAGCAGCACCUACACGCAGCUCCAGUCUUCUGCUGCACUUCAGCCCACAGACCCAACACAAGGGGAUCUCUCAACCAGCGAGGAUGAGAGUGUGGAAUAAAAGCCAAACCAACCAGGGUCAAGUUUCCCAAAAGCACCGUCGCAGAAGGAUCACCGUAAAAUGCUAGAGCAAGCAUCACAUCGAAUACUUUCUCUCCCAGUUAUGAUGAUCUGAAUUUUGCAAUGCUUUGGGGAAACUCAGCCCAGAAAAUUAGUGUACAAUAAACACCAAAUCACUCAGGAUGCCGGUUUAGAAUAAACACCAUAUAUUCAUAACUGGUGGCAGUUUACAAUAAGCACCAAAAUCAACAUGGAAGAUAGGAAAUCAACAAAACCAGGGCGAGUGUGUAGAAUACACACAAUAACGAAGAGGACAACAGAGAAUAAAGAACAUUAAACCAACCAGGAUAGCAGUUGAGAUUAAACACCAAAAUAAUCAAGAUGAUGGUGGACAACCGGGCGACGGCUUAAAUUAAACACAAAACUCAACAGGGCAACAGUUUAGACCAAACACCCAUGACAGCGUAGAUUAAAAACCAAUCCAAAAAGGACAACACUGUAGCAUAAACACCAAAAACAAACCAGGAGAGAAAUGUAGGGAAAACAGCCAUAUAAUCAGGACAAGAAAGAACAUCAAAGAACCCUGGAGAGGAAUACAGAACAAACACCAAUCCAAAUAGAACAAUAGUGUAGACCAAACACCAAAGUAACUAGGAGGGCAGUGUAGAAUAAACCCCAACCAAACCAGGAUAGAAAUGUGAAAUAAACACCAAACCACAAAGGACCACAGUGUAGAACAAACACCAAACCAAAACUUACAACACUGCAGAAUAAAUACCAAACCAAAGAGGACAACAAAGUAGAAUAAACACCAAAGUAUCUAGGAUGACAGUGUAGAAUAAACAACAGUCCAACCAUAACAGCAGUAUGAAAUAAAAGCCAAACAAAUCAGCACAACACUUAGCACACACCAGACCAACCAGUGUGAAAUAUAAUAAACCCAAAAAGGGCAACAGUGUACACAAAACACCAAAUCAACAGGACCAGAGUGUACAAUAAAAUUCAAUUAAAAAACAACAACAACCAAGAUAACAGUUUAGAAUAAACACCAAACAAACCAGGACCACGUAAACACCAAAGAAAUUAGGACUACACUAUAGAAUAAACAACAAACCAGCAGGAAUACAGUGUAAAAUAAAAUAAGAAAACAACCAAGCCGCCAUUUUAGAAUAAACACCAAACCAACUAGAACUGCAGUAUUGAAUAUACACCAAACAAAUUAUGACUAUGGAUCAAAAUAAAACACCACACCAAAAAGGACAAGUGUACACCAAAUCAAGCAGGACAUAACUGUAGAAUAAACACCAAACCAACAGGACCACAGUGUACAAUAAAAUAAAAUAAAAUAAAAACAAGACAACAGUUUAGAAUAAACACCAAACCAACCAGAACCACAUAAACACCAAAGAUAGUAGGACUACGCCAAACCAAAAGGAACACGGUGUAAAUAAAAAUGUAAAAAAAAAAAAACAACCAAGACAAAUUUAGAAUAAACAUCAAACCAACCAGAACAUCGGUAUUGAAUAAACACCAAACAAAUUAUGACUAUGCUUUAAAAUGAUCACCAAACCAAAGAAGACACAUGUACACCAAAUCAAGCAGGACAUAACUGUAGGAUAAACACCAAAACAAAAAGGACAACAGUGUACACCAAACACUAAACCAACCAUGUAAUCUAGAAUAAACACCGAACCAAACAGGACCACAUAAACACCAAAGAAAUUAUGACUACACUUUAAAAUGAACGCCAGACCAACCAAGGUGACAUUGUAAAAUAUAAUAAACACCAAACCAAAAAGGACAAGUGUACACCAAACACCAACCCAACCAGGAAGAAAUGUAGAAUAAACACCAAACCAACCAGGAAAGAAAUGUAGAAUAAACACCAAACCAACCAGGAAAGAAAUGUAGAAUAAACACCAAACCAACCAGGAAGAAAUGUAGAAUAAACACCAAACCAACCAGGAAAGAAAUGUAGAAUAAACACCAAACCAACCAGGAAAGAAAUGUAGAAUAAUCACCAAACCAACCAGGAAAGAAAUGUAGAAUAAACACCAAACCAACCAGGAAAGAAAUGUAGAAUAAUCACCAAACCAACCGGGUAAGAAAUGUAGAAUAAACACCAAACCAACGAGGAAAGAAAUGUAGAAUAAACACCAAACCAACCAGGAAAGAAAUGUAGAAUAAACACCAAACCAACCAGGAAAGAAAUGUAGAAUAAACACCAAACCAACCAGGAAAGAAAUGUAGAAUAAUCACCAAACCAACCAGGAAAGAAAUGUAGAAUAAGAAUAAACACCAAACCAACAGGAAAGAAAUGUAGAAUAAUCACCAAACCAACCAGGAAAUAAAUGUAGAAUAAUCACCAAACCAACCAGGAAAUAAAUGUAGAAUAAUCACCAAACCAACCAGGAAAGAAAUGUAGAAUAAACACCAAACCAACCAGGAAAGAAAUGUAGAAUAAUCACCAAACCAACCAGGAAAGAAAUGUAGAAUAAUCACCAAACCAACCAGGAAAGAAAUGUAGAAUAAUCACCAAACCAACCAGGAAAGAAAUGUAGAAUAAUCACCAAACCAACCAGGAAAGAAAUAUAGAAUAAGAAUAAACACCAAUCCAACCAGGAAAGAAAUGUAGAAUAAACACCAAACCAACCAGGAAAGAAAUGUAGAAUAAACACCAAACCAACCAGGAAAGAAAUGUAGAAUAAACACCAAACCAACCAGGAAAGAAAUGUAGAAUAAACACCAAACCAACCAGGAAAGAAAUGUAGAAUAAGAAUAAACACCAAACCAACCAGGAAAGAAAUGUAGAAAUAAAUGCCAAGCUAACCAGA